AUGAAAUCUAUCUUUUCAUCAGUAUUCUUAAUAAUUUUGUUAUCUCACAAAAUUUUUUCUCAACAGUUAAGUGUUCAACCAGCACAAACAAAAAUUUUUGCAGCACCUGUAUUUGUUUCUAAUAAUGCAAUUGAAAUUGAUGGUGAAAAAAAAAGAUUAUUUAAAAUUGGUGCAGCAAGAGAUGGUGUACAAAAAGCAAUUCUUGAUGAAGUUCAACCCAGUCAAGUUGUUGAUGAUAUAAGUGAUUUUAAUGAAGAUAAUACCAUAUUUGGAGCAUAUGACGAAGAGAUUGUUGAACCAGUAAAAGAAUCACCAAUUUUCAUACCAAAAUUGUAUAGAACUGAUAAAGAAGAACCUACCACAACAACUACAACUACUACUACAACUACAACUAGACGACCAACUACAACAAGAAAAAUAUUUACUCCAAGAACUACAACAUUUGUUCCUCAAACAACUUUAAGAACUUUCCAAAAUAAUAGAAUACCACAAAUUAAUCCAGUUAAUAUUGCUCCUCAAUCAUUUGUUCCAUCAAGAGUUGUACCACAACAAAUUCCAAUUCAACAAACAAUUCCACCACAAAUUGCUCCUAGACCAAAUGUUGUACAACCUUUACCACAACAACAAUUUACAUUCCGUCAAAAUUUACGACCACAACCCGUUUUACAAACACGUACUGGAUUCUCAACACCACCACCACAACGUAUUAUUACUACUCCAAGACCAUUUAUAACAAGACAACCACAAACAUUCCCAACAUUGUCAUUAAUUACUUCUACCUCAAGACCAGCUCGUCCAUUCAUUCCACAACAACCUAAUCCAAGAAAUUCUCAAAAUUUACGUACAGGUGUUUGUCGUGCAUCAAUUUUCUAUCUUACAUCAGUUCCAUCAUCACAAGAUCUUCAAACACAAUUUACACAUUUUGCUGCUGUUGUUUCGGUUGAUCAAUGUGCUAGAACAUGUCAUGAAUUUAAUUGUGCUGUAGCUAUAUUUGAUAUUGCUACAAAACAUUGUCAAUUUAUUCCAUCAACAGCAUUUUCAAUUCGUGAAGGACAAUGUCCUAAUUGGCCAAAUCCAUUAUAUAAAAAUAAUGUUGUUGGUUUAAAUAGUAUUAGAAUUUCAUGUGUAACAUGUCAAAGACGUCGUAGAAAUUUCCAACGUAUACGUGGUAUGUCAAGAGGAUUUGGACUUACAAAUAGACGUCAACCAACAACAAUUCAAACAACAAGAUUUUUACCACAAACACCAAAUAAUAGAAAUAUUCCAACAAAUACACAUAAUUCUAAUAUACGUCUUAAUGGAGUUCUUCUUAAACAACCAACAUCAGUUGCUGUUUUAUCAAAAGAAAUGGAACAUUUACUUUCUGAAUCAUCUAUAACAAAAGAAUCGCAAUUAAUUGAAAUUGAAGCUUAG